UGCCUUCAUAGUAGUCUCUUAGUUUUAGGGUCUUCGUGACAGCAUGUCGGGCUUUAAACGUCCCUUCAAUCCUCUGGAGCUUCUGUCUUUGCUCUUCCGUCUGCUGACUUUAUCUGAAAUAAUACUUGGAUAUGAACACGGCAUCAUCAGAAAGGUCAAUGACGGGAGUGAUGUAAUCUUACCUUGUUCCCUGGACACCGAGCAGGACAUCUCAGCAGCUGUCUUUGACUGGCAGAAAGUACCUCCGAAGGAUACACUUCCGAAAGAGGUUUUCUUUUAUGAUGCAGGUGAUCAAUACAACAACGGCAAAUAUGGUCAGAGUGAGGCGUUCAAAGGACGAGUCUCACAUUUUGAAGAUCAACUGAAACACGGCACCGCCUCCAUAAUCAUCAGAAAUACCAAGAAGGAGGACAGUGGAACCUACACCUGUCAUUUUCCACUUCUUAAGCCACCUCAAACUUUCUACAUUGAGCUUGUUGUUGAGUUGUCCUUUAAGGACCGGUCAGGAGAAAUCUCAGGUGCAGCUCCAAAGCCAUUCGUCACAAUACUUCAUGCCACAGACGUCUGGUCACUGUUACAGUGUGAGGUUCGAGGUGCUUCUCCAAAGCUUGAAGUAGAAUGGCAGGACAGUGAUGGAAACAAACUUCCUGCUGAGGAACCACAGGUCACAGAGAGAGGAGGCAGCUACGACAUCACGCUGAACAUCACUGCGACCAAGACGGACCGCUAUCGCUGUGUAGUCGAGCAGGAAGACAUCAAGCGCAGGAUUACUUCUGAGACCUUUGGGCUCAUCUGUGAGAAAGCGUUUGAUAACUCAUUGACCAAAGUGAUCAUCGGAUUGUUGGUUUUAGGAAUUGUCAUUCUAGCUCUGCUUGUAUUUUGGAUGUGGAUCACACGCAGCAAGAGCAGUCGUCGUCAGCAGGGAAAUGGUUCGGAUGACCUAGAAAACGGUUCGGUUGAUAGCUCUACUCCUGUUGGAAUGGACCAAGCACCGGACAUGGGGCGACAGAGCCUUCUCCAUAUCUGCCCCCUCACUCCGGAACUCUCUCCCCAAACACAUCCGUGA